AAUAAUGUUAUUUUUAAAACAUUAAAAUACCGGAAGUUGACUUUGCUCAGAAAAAUCCAAAAUGGCGUGGCAGCCAGAAGAAAACGGUCUCGGGCAAAUUUUACAACUGUUAAAGGAGUCUCAGUCACCUGACAAUGCCACACAAAGAGCUGUUCAACAAAAACUGGAAGAGUUGAACAAGUUUCCAGACUUCAACAACUAUUUGAUUUUUGUCCUCACAAAGUUGAAGAAUGAAGAUGACCCAACAAGAUCCUUGAGUGGAUUAAUCCUGAAGAACAAUGUACGAGCCCAAUUUGAGAAGUUCCCUCCUGAAGUUGCCUCCUUCAUAAAGUCAGAAUGUUUGAACAGUAUUGGCGAUCCAUCCCCACUGAUCAGAGCUACCAUUGGUAUUUUGAUCACUACCAUAGUGGCGAAGGGUGACCUUCGUAACUGGCAAGAAUUGUUACCAGCACUAUGUCAGUGCUUGGAUUCAGAAGAUUAUAGUGUUUGUGAGGGAGCAUUUGGAGCUUUACAGAAAAUUUGUGAAGACUCUGCAGAGGCCCUGGACAAUGACCCUUCACGACCCUUGAAUGUCCUCAUUCCAAAAUUCCUGCAGUUCUUCAAACAGCCUAGUCCUAAAAUCAGGUCACAUGCUAUUGCCUGUGUAAACCAAUUUAUCAUCAGUAGAACACAGGCCCUGAUGGUACACAUAGAUGCAUUUAUAGAGAACUUGUUCUUCCUGGCGUCUGAUGAAGAUACAGAAGUGAGGAAGAAUGUUUGCCGUGCUCUUGUAAUGCUGGUGGAGGUCCGAAUGGAUCGAUUGAUGCCGCAUAUCAACAGUAUUAUAGAGUACAUGAUGAUGAGAACAACAGAUGAAGAUGAUACCGUGGCUCUGGAAGCCUGUGAAUUCUGGCUAUCUCUGGCAGAACAGCCCAUCUGUAAAGAGGUUCUUACAUCACAUAUAGAAAAACUUGUACCUAUACUUGUUAAAGGAAUGAAAUACAGUGAAAUUGACAUCAUACUUCUAAAGGGAGACGUUGAGGAAGACGAGAUGAUUCCAGAUAAAGAGUCGGACAUUAAACCUCGGUUCCAUAGAGCCAAGUCUCAUACACACAAACACCAAGACGGAGAAGAGGGAGGUGGUGGUGAUGGUGACUCUGAUGACGAUGGUAUGGAUGAUGACGACAGCCUCUCAGACUGGAACCUAAGAAAGUGUUCUGCAGCAGCUUUAGAUGUCCUUGCUAACGUAUUUCGAGAGGACAUCUUGCCUAUACUGCUGCCUAUUCUCAAAGAAAUCCUCUUCCAUUCCAACUGGGAGAUCAAAGAAUCCGGUAUCUUGGUCUUGGGUGCCAUCGCUGAAGGCUGCAUGAAUGGAAUGAUUCCACAUUUACCGGAACUAAUACCGUAUCUGAUUGGCUGCUUGUCUGACAAGAAGGCUCUUGUGCGAUCAAUUACAUGCUGGACAUUGAGUAGAUACGCACACUGGGUGGUUGGUCAGCCACAUGAUAUGUACCUGAAACCUCUUAUGACAGAGUUACUUAAGAGAGUAUUAGACGCCAACAAGCGUGUCCAAGAGGCAGCCUGCUCAGCUUUUGCUACUUUGGAAGAGGAGGCUUGCACUGAGCUUGUACCUUAUCUAGGAUUCAUUUUAGAAACAUUAGUCUUUGCAUUUAGCAAAUACCAGCAUAAGAACCUGCUGAUUUUGUAUGAUGCCAUAGGAACCUUGGCAGAUUCUGUUGGUCACCAUCUAAACAAACCUGAGUAUGUGAGUAGACUUAUGCCACCACUGAUUGACAAAUGGAAUGUUCUCAAAGAUGAAGACAAGGAUCUCUUUCCUUUACUAGAGUGUUUGUCUAGUGUAGCGACAGCGUUACAGUCUGGUUUUCUACCAUAUUGUGAACCAGUCUAUAGAAGAUGUGUUUCCCUGGUGGAGCAAACUCUUAGUCAAAACUUGGCCAGUAUGCAGAACCCAGAACAGUUUGAUCCCCCAGACAAGGACUUUAUGAUUGUAGCACUUGAUCUCUUAAGCGGACUCGCCGAGGGCUUGAAUCAACAUAUAGAGAGUUUAGUGUCGGAUAGUAAUAUCUUAAAACUACUCUACCAGUGCAUGCAAGACCCUAUGCCAGAAGUAAGACAGAGUUCAUUUGCUUUGCUAGGGGAUCUAACUAAAGCCUGCUUUCAACAUGUUAAACAGUGUAUAGGUGACUUUAUGCCUAUACUAGGCCAUAAUUUAAACCCGGAAUACAUAUCUGUGUGCAAUAAUGCUACUUGGGCUAUAGGAGAAAUAUCUAUAAAAAUGGGAGCUGAUAUGAAGGAGUAUAUACCAGUUGUGAUAGGAAAUCUUAUAGAAAUUAUUAACAGACCUAAUACACCCAAAACACUACUAGAAAAUACAGCAAUUACGAUUGGUCGCCUUGGUCUAGUGUGUCCUGCCGAAGUAGCGCCUAAUUUACAGCAAUUUAUUCGUCAGUGGUGUACGUCACUACGUAAUAUACGGGACAAUGAGGAGAAGGACUCGGCUUUCCGUGGAGUGUGUCACAUGAUCAGCGUAAACCCAGGAGGUGUCGUACAGGACUUUAUAUUUUUCUGCGAUGCUGUUGCCUCUUGGGUACAUCCCAAACAAGACCUCAAAGAAAUGUUCUACAAGAUCUUGCAUGGAUUCAAGGAUCAGGUUGGAGAAGAGAAUUGGAAGAAAUUUUCAGAUCAAUUCCCAGUACCUCUACGAGAGCGGCUUGCUGUCCAAUAUGGGGUGUGACCCCUUCUUAUAUAAUGGUCUUGGGGUAUUUCUGGGCAUCCUCUUAAUUGGGCGGGAGGCGGGAGGGUUUCACUCCAGUAAAGCCUACAUUGGGUCCUAGAGGGUCGGUCAUCGCGUAGGGAGGGCGGGAGGGAGCAGAGGGAAGGGCCUCUGUUGCUACUUAGCUCCAAGGGAUAAGGCGGUAUUCUCGCGGAACCGUCAUUACUUAACUUCGCGCAUGGGUGGGACGCGUCACAGGGUGGGAACCAUUUUUUUUUACCAUCAUAAACUGAGAAUCAUCCGUUGGCUCACUCUUCACUGAGGAGGAAUGAAUGGUUAAGAAAAGACCUAUAAUAUGAAAGAGAAAGCCUCGUUCACAUAUGAAAAAUAAAGACUUUUUACUCCAGAGAUAAUAUAUAUACAGUUCUUACAGUUACAAGAGAAUCUGACAGCUUUGGAUACAAUACAUUGAACAGCUUUGGAUAAAAAGUAUUAACUGGAAAUAGAUAAAAACGGGCUUGAAUCGAUAAGCUUGCAUAAUUUUUUUUCAAACGUCAUUUCAGAAUAAUAGUCUCUUUGAAUAAGUCAUUUUUGUACCAUUUUCCUUAGGAGAUAAUUCGUUGAUGUGACUUCGCGCUUGGGAGGUUCACGCGAGGGUUCUUUCUUACUUAAUAAGAUAAAACAUGUUCACGCGAUGGGUUAAUCCGCGAUUUUUUUUUUUAAUGGGAAAUAAUUUUGGGACAUUAAGGGUCAGGGUUAAAGUUCACAUCAGUUAAGUAUCUUCUUUGAAAAUGGUUUUUUGUUGUACAAUGGAUACAUUUGUGUAAAAUCUUUGAGUUUACUUGAGAGUAAUUUGAAAGUUGCCAUAUGACCUGAACAUUGUGACGGUGACUUGAAAACAAAACUCAAAAAAAUAAACAAAGUGAUGUAGAAUUAUUUAAAACGGAAUAUUGUUAAACUUGUCAGCAAUCAAAUUAUGUUGAUGCAAGAGUAAAUUACUUUAAUGUAAUAGCAUUUGGCUGAACUCGAAUGUCAAUAUUUGUUAAGAAUUUUAACUUCAUUAAUCUCAUUUUGCACUCCACCAGUUUUCUGACGAUAUAGAUAAUAAAUGUAUCCAUAGUGCUCAACUCAUGUAUAGGAAAAUCUUAUGUAGCUCACUUGUACAUUUCUACAGUACAUGUAUGUUUGUAUUGCUGUCUAUUAUACCAAUACACAUGUAUGUACACAUAUAUACCCAGCUUCGAGUUAUACUAUAAUGCCUCAGAAAAAAAAAAAUUGUAUGUUCUACAAUUAUCUUGUUCUUUGAAAGGAUUGUUUUUUGACAGAUGGUAUUGAUAUAUUAUGUUUCAUUGAACUAUUUUACACUCGUACCUGUUUUUUUUUCCUGUCAACUUUUCAAAAGAAAUCCGUAUAAAGCCUUUUUCCAACUUGAUGCAUUUUGUAAAGGAUAUGUCAACAUUAUCAUUUGACAUGUACAAGGUUAUUUGAAGAUUUUGUUUGAUAUGAUAUGAGAAAAUAUGAAUUUGAAAUAAUACUAAUUCUUACCAGUACCAUGUUUACAUGUUUUGUAAAGUGGGGUGUUUUUAGUUAUCGCACCUUUCAACUUAAGAAUCUGUCUAUAAUAUUGUAUUGUACUACCAUACCAUAUUAUUCCAUUCAACAUGUACAUGUAUAUACUUCAGUUGUUUGCCUUUGGUUUUAUUCUGUGACCAUGCAAACAGUAACAAAGAUAAUAAAUAUUCAAAGUUAAAAAACAAAAAGCCAAUUGUUAUUAUCAGUAAUUCAGUUUUUUCAAUACAGUUUCGCUUACUGCUCUCCCUGUAUACCAUGUGACGUCUAUGUUGAGGUUCCAUUUCUUAUUGUACGCAACGCGAGAUGUGGUGCGACCACUUGCCAUGUUAACAUGGGGUGGUGAGAGGCGCAGUGGUCAGCACGUUUGAGUUUUCCUUGUUCUUUAUAGGACAAGCAAGUCUUGUAUCUUUGUUGGUGGUUCACAUUUUUUUUUUCCGUGCAAAUUUUAUAUGAUAUUGUAUGAAUUGAUUUAAUUGAGAUUAAGGACAGAGGUGUAAGUAAAUAGGAAUUUGUACUUGUUGUGUUGUGUUUUUUUUUUAAUUGUUAAAAGUUAUUUGCAGUUUUCUUUUGUACUGAUGGCACUUUUAUAUUAAAAAAUCUCGACUUAAAAAAAAAGAUUUGUAUUAUUUUUGAAAAAAAAAAUUAAAAUAUUUCAGAAUCACAAGUCUAAAAGCAGUAUAGAUUUUUUCAAGUUUUUAAUGUAUCUUAUGUAUAUAAUUUGACAAAGGGUUGGCUUUAUUUAUAGAUUUUAUACUGGUUUGUUCUCUGAGCUCCAACAUUUCGAUCAUAAUUUUAUCACACAAGAACUGAUGACCUUUAAUUGCUGUCUUUCUUUAAUGGACUUCACCAUCUUCCAUUUUUGGAACUGUCCAUUUUCAACUUUGGGGAAGAAAAAUUAAUUUUGUCAAUGAAAAUAGGUUAAGUCUAGAUGAU